CUUCCGUAGAUUGAAAGGAGGGAUGAUAUUUCACAAGAAGUAGUGGGUGCCAGUUUCCAACAUUGAAAGUGGGUCAUGUUUAUUGGAUAAAAAUAGCCAAAAUGUCAGCAAGGGUUGGUGUCGAAUUCAGCAGUGAGGAAACGGAGGAACACACAGUGAUUCUUCAGAGUUAUGUUACCGAGCAACAUCGAGAUGACCUGAUCGAUAUUCUGCUACAAGAGGACGAUGGUACCCAUUUCCCCAUCAUAAUUGAUGCGAUGACGUUGUUUGAGUCCAACAUGGAUCUGAGCGAUUUGGUCCUGAACAAUCCCGUGCAUACACUGUCGGCCUUCAAUGCAGCGCUACGACGUGCGGCGAUGGCUAUUUACAGGGACCAUCCCCAGAAGGAGGAAAUGACCACAAAGAUUAACCUCCACGCCAGGGUGACUGGACUGCCCGUCUGCCCAGAGCUGAUCCGGGAAACACUGCCCAAGAAUUCCGACAUUGGCCGGUUCCUGUCAGUCUCAGCUACCUCUAGCAAGUGCAUGAUCAGUAAAUAACCAACACAAGUGUACUCUAAAUGUCUAAAAGUAAACUAUGAAUCGGGAAAUUCCUCCAUCAGUUGUGGCCGGUACUUGCUGUUGCAAUAGAGGCUCUGUCACCCCUUUUACCAAAGACAACUUUCAGCCCCUUCUGAAACUGCUUGUACUUGAUGGCAUAUA